AUGUCCGGCCUCGACCCCCAAGGCCCCUCCCAACCCACCCUCAACCAAGCCUACACCACGCCCGGCAACCCCGCGAGCAAAGACCCCACGGAAAAAUCCGAAUCCGAGUUCAACGCCAGCGACAACAGCGCCAUAGUCGACAAGCGCGUCCCCACCAAGCAAGCCAGCGACGCGCAAGGCGAGGCAAACUCCAAAGCGCCCGGCGGCGGCAUCCACGGCGCGCCCGCAGGCGAGGAGGCAAAGGGCAAGACGCACGAAGAUGUAGGCCGCCACAACGAGCUCGACGGCGAGCAGAUGGCUGCCCCCGGGGAGGGACGGGUGGCGGACGCGGUUGCGAAGGGGGGGAAGGGGAUGGGCGGGGGUGGUGCUGAGCCGGAUUUGGCUAGUGAUUUGGAUAGGAAGAAGGCUGAGCAGGCGGAGGCUAGAGAGGCGGUUAAGCAGUCGAGGAGUGAUGCGCAGGAUGGUGGGGCGUUGGGACAGCAGGGUGGUCCUGCGCAUCUUAUUGGUAAUGCGCAGGAUGAUGGCUACUCUAAGUAG